AUGAGUAAUAAUAAAAUAAUUGUUUUUUUUAUUUUUGCAUUUAUAACUUUUGUUUACUCAGAAGCAAUAAUCAAACUAGACUAUUGUUCAACAGAAAAUUGCCAACAAAAUCCAUCAAGAGAUCAAUGUAUAAAAAAACUAUUUAAAGAUUCAUCAUCAAAAUAUGCACAUAUAACAAUUCCUAACUACCCAAAUUCUGUGUUGGUAUAUGAUCAACUUUAUUCAUUUACCUACUAUCCAGAGGCCAAAAUGAUUGAAGUUUAUGGUGGAUACCAACGCGGCAGAAGGAACUUUUCGUACCCAAUCGUUGAAAUACCAAAUGAUAUUUAUAAUCAAACCGAAUGUAAUUUUAUUGAUACAGAUCAAUGCUAUAUAUCAGUUAUGUGUAACUAUAACCCAACCAAAGAUAAAGAGCGUUUAGAAAUUGCAUUGGGUGUUGUUUUACCACUUGUUGUUAUAUUACUUACAGUACUUGGUGUUAUAUUAUAUAAGAGAUUUGCAGCCAAUCGAAACGACCAAUAUAUUCCUCUACCAUCCUAUAAUGCCAUAUAAAAAAAGAACAAAGCAAAUUACGAAUAUAUAAUAAUUAUUAAAAAUUUUAACAGUUUUAUUAUUCCUAAUUUUAAUAAAAAUAAAAAAAAUAAAAAAUAUCGAUUUUGUUUAUAUACAAC